CCAAGCCCGGCCGCGCGUUCCGGGGGACGGCGGCGCUGAGGGACGGGCGGGCCCGGUGCCACCAUGGCCGCGUCCCCCGGGCAGCGCCGCCGCUGGGAACGGGAGCAGGCCCGGCUGAAGGGCAGCGUGGUGCAGGAGGACACCGAGGAGUGGCAGAAGGAUCCCCGUUUCACCGGGCUGGAGAGGGUGGGAGGUGUGGAUUUAUCCUACAUCAAGGGCGACGAGAGCCGUGCCUGCGCCUCGCUGGUCGUGCUCAGCUACCCGGGGCUGGAGGUGCUGUACCAGGAUUGCCGCAUGGUGCCCGUCACUGCCCCGUACGUGGCCGGGUUCCUGGCCUUCCGAGAGGUCCCUGUCCUGGUGGAAGCUGUCCAGAGACUUCAGCAGGAGCAGCCCCAGCUCCAGCCUCAGGUGCUUCUGGUAGAUGGGAAUGGCCUGCUCCAUCCCAGAGGAUUUGGCACAGCCUGUCACCUCGGAGUCCUGACGGACCUGCCAUGCAUUGGCGUGGCCAAGAACCUCCUGCAGGUGGAUGGCUUGGUCAGGGACGAGCUGCACAGGGAGCAGGUUCGUUCCCUGCAGAGGUCAGGAGAGACAUUCCCACUGACAGGCACCUCAGGGAAGGUCCUGGGCAUGGCGCUGCGGAGCUACAACAACAGCUCCAAGCCGCUGUACGUGUCCGUGGGGCACCGUGUGAGCCUGGGCACGGCCGUGCGCCUCGUCAGGGCCUGCUGCCGCUUCCGCGUCCCGGAGCCCAUCCGCCAGGCUGACAUUAGGUCCAGGGAGUACCUUCGGAAGCUGCCCUGCGCCCCACGGGACGUGCUGGAGCCUGCCAGCCCAGAGAGCAGCAGAAAGGAGGCUGAGUUGGAGGAUUAGUCUGGUGCCAGAAGAAAGUGCAGAGCUCCUCUUUGCUGGGCCCUCUCCUGCACCAAGGCUGAGUGCUGAUGGGUGCAGGAGCCCAGUGCCACCCUGAGGGACAGCACCAGCCACUGCUCAGGGGGAAUCCUUGCAGUGAAUUUCUCAGGGUUCAUUUUCAAGUCCUGUUAAAGUCCUUGUGCGAGCAGAGGCUCACCUGUAAGUGUUGAGCACCUGGCUGGAGUCCUUGGGCUGCUGCAGGGGGUGAUUUACAGAGAUGCUGAGGUGUUCCCACUGCAGAGCCAGCCUGUGUCUCCCACCACACCUCUGGAACUGAGCUCUCCCUUCCCCCUGUCCCUGCAGCCUGGGCUCUCCCGUUCUCUGCACAUUCCUGGGGAGCAGCAGCCCUGUUCCAGCUCCAGCAGCCCUGUUCCAGCUCCAGCAGCCCUGUUCCAGCUCCAGCAGCCCUGUUCCAGCUCCAGCAGCCCUGUUCCAGCUCCAGCAGCCCUGUUCCAGCUCCAGCAGCCCUGUUCCAGCUCCAGCAGCCCUGUUCCAGCUCCAGCAGCCCUGCUGCCCAGCUCUUCCCAAAGGAAGGAUCUCAGGGGAAAGGGUGGCAGAAACCAUCUCCCUCCAGGAGGAUGGGGAGCUCAUUCCUGGCACACAGAGCUCUCCAGGUGCCAAAUCCCAGGCUGGAGUUCUGGCCCAGCCCCAGCUCGGCCUGAGGAGCAGAGCCCAGAGCUUCUGUGGCCAAAUCAUCCUCGACCCUCAUCACCAAAGCUUCUCCCAAGGUGUGGGAUCCUGGCUGUUCCUGAAGAGCAGCAGGAGCAGAAGGUGCUCUGGGAGACCUUGGUGUGGCUGUGUAAGAUUCCAGCCUGAAGAAGAAGAAGGAUGAUUUCCUGGGGGUGGGGAGGGGUGCUCAGGUCAAGCUCCUGUGGGCUGUUUUAAUCUCAAUUUUGCAUAAAUUCAUUGUACAUCUUCUGUUCUUUUC